GCCAAAUCGCAUCACAAGUCUCUUGAAGUGUUUGUGAGGCCUCUUUGGUAGAAUGCUGAGAGAGAGAGGACAUGAUCAAAAUCAAUGAGCAGUACCAUUUCACAAGGUAGUUAGAUGCAUCAUGGGAGUGGAUCAGAACGUAUCUACAGUAGUGGACCUGAACACAUCUAACAUAACCAUGGAGUACAGCUCAGUCCGCUCAGUGGAACAAGUCCCUACAGAAUACCGCAUCACAGGCCUGGUCUUCUAUUGUGUCAUCUUCACCAUCGGCAUAGUGGUCAACGUCACCGCAUUAUGGGUAUUUGCCUUGACCACCAAGAGGAGGAACUCCGUCUCGGUCUACAUGAUCAACGUGGCCAUAGUGGAUCUCGUCUUUAUCGUCCUUCUCCCCUUCCGGAUGGUUUACUACGGCCAGGACCAAUGGCCGUUCGGAGACAUCUUCUGUCGGGUCAGCGCGGCUCUGACUGUCUUCUACCCAUGCAUGGCCCUGUGGCUCUUUGCCCUGAUCAGCACUGACCGCUACGUGGCCAUCAUCCAGCCCAAACACAGCAAGGAGCUCAAGAACAUCCCCAAAGCCCUGGUAGCAUGCAUCGGGGUGUGGAUCAUGACCCUGGGUAGCACUGUCCCCUUGAUCUUCCCAGACCACGACCCGGAUCGCGCCUCCAACUUCACCACCUGCAUCAAGAUGCGUGACAUCAUCCACCUGCGAACGGACAACCCCGUCCACUUCGCGCGCCUGGUCUUCUUCUUCCUGGUGCCCAUCUGUAUUAUGAUUGGUUGCUACGUGGUCAUCGUGGAUAACCUCGUCCACGGACGGACUUCCAAGCUCAAGCCCAAGGUCAAGCAGAAGUCCAUCAGGAUCAUCAUCACGCUCAUCGUCCAGGUGCUGGUGUGUUUCGUGCCCUUCCAUGUUUGUUUGGUGGUUCUGUUGCUGGAAGGUGGGAAUGGUUCGGAUUACAGCACGUGGGGGGCCUUUACAACGUUCCUGAUGAACCUGAGUACAGUUCUGGACAUUAUUCUUUACUACAUUGUCUCCAAGCAGUUCCAAGAUAGAGUGAUCAGUGUGAUUCUGUACAGGAACUACCUGCGCAGCGUGCGGAGGAAGAGCAGACGCACACACACAGGAAGUGUGAAGUCAAUCAGUAACUUGACCAGUGCCAUGAUCUGAAGGUGGAAACCAAACUCAACUGUGCAAAAGAAGGUGACCCAGGGACUUACACAUGCUUACCUGGCAGACAGUGGCGGUUGGUGACA